AUGGGAUCAAACUGCUCAUCUCUUUCUUGUCGAAACAAUGAAGCAGAGCUCAAUACUGAACUUUAUGUAGAAUACGUUCCAGAUGAUCCCCAAACAAAGCAAUCUUCUCCUCCUGCCAAAGAAGAUAUAAUUAAACAAGCCUCUACAUAUAUCAACUCUAUUAUAAAAAUCCAAUCUUUAUGAAGAGGCUACCAAGAUCGUAAAUUAGUUUCCCAUCUCCAAAAAACCCAAAGAACCAAUAUUACUUAUUUUACUCCUCAAGAAUACAAAGAAACCUUAUCAUCAAAACUCUCAAAAUCUACACAUAGAGAACAACGGUCUCCUUACAAAUAUAAAUCAGGAGCUACUUAUAUAGGAGAAUGGCUUGGAGGGUUCAGAGAUGGCCAAGGCUCACAGACUUGGCCUGACGGUGCUCGAUAUGAAGGAGGAUGAGUCCUCGGCAAUGCUUGUGGGAAAGGAAAAUUCUUCCAUGCCUCUGGAGAUACCUAUGAAGGUGACUGAAAAGACAAUAAAGCCAAUGGUUAUGGGAUUUAUAAACAAGCUAAUGGCUCUAUCUAUGAAGGAGACUGAAAAAAUGAUAUGCAAUAUGGCUUUGGUAAAGAAACAUGGAUAGACUCAAGUCGUUAUGAAGGUUAUUAUAGGUAUGGCAAAAAGCAUGGGUUUGGGAAAUAUUGAUGGAAAGAUGGGUCUUCUUAUGCAGGACAAUGGAUUGAAAAUUCUAUUACUGGGAAAGGAACCUAUGAGUGAAGUGAUGGAAGAAUGUUUGAAGGAGAUUGGCUUAACGGAGGCAUGCAUGGAAGAGGAACUUAUACGUGGAAAGAUGGAAGGAAAUAUGUAGGAGAGUACAAAAAUGAUAAGAAACAUGGGUAUGGAUCUUAUUAUUGGGCGGAUGGAAGAGUGUAUGAAGGAAACUGAAAAGAUGGGAAACAGGAAGGAGUUGGGUGGAUGAUAAAUGCAGAUGGGAGCAGGAAAAAAGGAGAGUGGAAAGAUGGGAAAAGGGUGAGGUGGAUUGUGUAA